GAAUUGAGAAGCGCUGCGCUGCGCGGCCGGAAGUGCUGCAGGGAGAGGCGUGGCAGAGCGCGCAUGCGUUGAGCGCGACUCGCCGCGCGGUGCACGCCGGCCGCGCCUUCCCGCCGUGACGCUGCAGAUAGAGGCCGGCGCCGCCGCUGUGGCACCUUCUGCCUCCCCCCGUCCGGCGAGGAUGGUGGGCGUGAAGCUGAUCGCUAACGACACUGAGUUCCAGCCUGAGCUGAGCGCGGCCGGCUCUCGCCUAGCCGUGGUGAAGUUCACCAUGCGGGGAUGUGGUCCUUGUUUAAGGAUAGCUCCAGCUUUCAAUGCUCUGAGUAACAAGUACCCUCAGGCAACAUUUUUGGAAGUGGAUGUGCAUCAGUGCCAGGGAACAGCUGCUACCAACAAUAUCUCAGCAACACCAACGUUUCUGUUCUUUCGGAACAAAGUGCGGAUUGACCAAUAUCAAGGAGCAGAUGCUGUAGGGUUAGAAGAAAAAAUCAAGCAGCACCUGGAGAAUGAUCCUGGAAAUAAUGAAGAUACAGAUAUUCCCAAAGGAUAUAUGGACUUAAUGCCGUUUAUCAACAAAGCUGGCUGUGAAUGUCUUAAUGAAAGUGAUGAGCAUGGAUUUGAUAAUUGUUUACGUAAAGAUUCUACGUACUUGGAAUCGGAUUGUGAUGAGCAGCUGCUUAUUACUGUUGCUUUUAGUCAGCCAGUCAAGCUUUAUUCUAUGAAACUUCAGGGUCCAGAUAAUGGACAAGGUCCAAAGUACAUAAAAAUCUUUAUCAACCUUCCUCGAUCUAUGGAUUUUGAAGAAGCAGAAAGAAGUGAACCAACUCAAGCCCUGGAGCUAACACCAGAUGAUAUUAAAGAAGAUGGCAUUAUCCAACUUCGCUAUGUUAAAUUUCAGAAUGUUAACAGUGUAACUUUGUUUGUCCAGUCUAAUCAUGGGGAUGAAGAGACAACAAGAAUUAUGUACUUCACGUUUAUUGGAACUCCAGUCCAAGCAACAAACAUGAAUGACUUCAAGCGAGUAAGAAUGUGUCCAUCAACUACUGAAAACACGAGGAACUGUCCAGUUAUCUGCACUAUAGACAGUGUUGUUUCUUAACAGCUGAGAGAUCUGUACCUUGAUUUCAAAACUUGUCUGCUGCUGGUGCUCAGGAAGCAGGGAAGCAAGUCUCCAUAUGAAAUAGACAGACUCCUUGUGAUUGGCUUGGUGGCUGUUUUGGUGAAGGAUUUUAUGGAUUUUAUUCAGUAGGCAGCACUACGUAAACUCAAGAUCCAAAAAAUUAUUGAUCACAAGGUAAAUAUGACAUUAAACACACUUUUUUAACACUGAACAGGGAAUGGAACAACUUGCUGUGGUAUGACUUCAGGCCGACAAAUGCUGAAGGAUAAAGCAUUCUCAUUUCCUUUUUUUUUUUGAGAAUGUGAAAUGGGUUUGAAAGUAUUGAAACUUUCAAAGCUACUUACAGCUUUCCUUUAGAAUGUAGUAUCUAUUAAAAACAAACUGCUUUAAGACUUACCCUCUUUACAAAGGCAAAUAGAGCUGUAACACCACUGCUUCCAAACUGGGCGGCCCAUGCAACUAUUGACAUUGAAAGACCCAGAAUUUAUACCACAAGCCACCUAUGUCUUCAGAAGGCUAAAAAUGCUAACAGUUGCCACGUUAUGUACUCUGAUUUUUACGUUAAAACUUGAUCUAACAUCUUCUUCUAAAACUUAAUAAAAUGAGUAAUGAUGUUAAUGAAUAGAUGCCUGACAAAGUUUUGCCAACUUACUGAAAUAUGAAGCCAUUGAAAAAGAUGCUCUAAUAUGCUAAAUUUAAUGGAUACCAAUUUUAGAAAUUUCUAAAGGAACACAUCUGUUCUACUCAAAACUAGAGAUAGGUUAAUUCAUUUUGAACCUGCUUGUGUUUUUUUUUUUUUGUUGUGUACAGCCUUUUUUACAAGCACUUAGGAUAGCAGGACUGUAGCCUGCAGUGGGUUUUGCCAUUACUAUUUAAUGUCACGUGAUUAAUCUGCAGUACUUCUCUGUUAUUUUGAGGAAGAAAGUAGCACUCUUACACUGAUAGUUUCAGUAUUUGAUCUGUCUCAGUUCCAUUUCUCUGUACACUCUGUAAAUACUCCGCUUUCCAAAAGUUUAUUUUCUAAAAGGCACACUCUUUUAAAUCUGUUAUUUUUUUCCUUGGAUAAUUUUGACAGAGGUGCCUUUGGCUAAGCAAUGUAUAGUUCUUGUGGGAUAUCAUGAGCACUAGUGAUUAGUGGUGAGCCACAUGAUGUUUCCUACAAUGUUUUAAAUUGUGAGAACAAAACAGUAAAUUGGAUGCAGUGCUCACAUGCUUCCUUAGUCUGAAGCUGUAACAGCCUUAUUCCUGUCAGUGUUGGCUAAGGUAGACUUUUUAAGGUCUGUGUG